GCCACUAUGCCAACAAAAGUAAACAAUAACAUUAGUAUAUAAGUUUUAUAAACUUAUCUAUGAUCUAAGUAAUUCCGUAAAAUACAUAUUGUACAAAAUGUACUAUGUGUCAAUGUACAUACAACAUACUACAUAAGUACUAGCCACUUGGCAGAACAAUACUCAAAACUGCCGUAGGUGGUUUCAUCUCAAACAUUUAAAAAAUAUCAUUAAUUAUUAAUAAAUAAUAAUGCCUGUGGAUCCGUCUCAUUCACAGCGAAUCAUGAUUAAUUAUGCAAACCAUUAAUCCUCAUCAGUUUAAUUUUAUUUACAUAUAACUGAAUUUCAUAAUUAAUUUUAUAUAAUUUAACACAAAACCUACAAUGACCGACGACGAUUUGUGCAAAAUGGAUGCGUGGGGUUUGCCUGACCAAAUCGUAGAAAACUAUAAAAAACGAGGAAUUGUGUCAAUGUUUCCUUGGCAAGUGGAAUGUCUAACUAGUGACGGUGUUUUGGAUGGACGCAAUCUGGUGUACUCGGCACCUACAUCAGCUGGAAAAACUAUGGUUGCUGAAUUAUUAACAAUGCAAACAGUUCUAGAAAGAGAUAAAAAAGUUCUGAUAAUUCUCCCAUUUGUAUCUGUUGUACGAGAAAAAAUGUUGUAUUUUCAAGAACUAUUUGAAGGAACAAACAAAAGAGUUGCUGGAUUUAUGGGCAGUUAUACUCCGGCUGGUGGAUUGCGUUCUGUAAAUGUUGCUAUUGCUACUAUUGAAAAAGCCAAUGGUAUAAUAAAUCGCUUGAUUGAGGAGGAUGGACUGCAAGAUGUUGGUUGUAUAGUUGUAGACGAACUACAUAUGCUCGGCGAUUCAAAUAGAGGCUACCUACUAGAAUUAUUGCUAACAAAAAUCAAAUACAUGUCUAAAAUAAGAAGUAAUUUAUCAAUUCAAAUUGUUGGUAUGUCUGCUACAUUGCCAAAUUUAGACAUUCUUGCAAAAUGGUUAGAUGCUACACUGUUUCAUACAGAUUUUCGUCCAGUUCCUUUAAAGGAAUAUUUAAAAAUUGGAAAAAAUGUAUAUAAUGCCAAGAAUCUUUCUUUAAGUCACACAAUUAAACCAAGUGUUGAAAUUAAAAAUGAUCCAGAUGAUAUAAAGUAUUUGUGUAUUGAUACAAUUCUUCAAGGGUAUUCAAUAUUAAUAUUCUGUUUUACAAAAAAGUGGUGUGAAUCUUUAGCUCUUGAAAUUGCGUCUGAAAUUAAACGUUUAGGUGGAGAUAAUAAAUCAAAAGUUGGAAUUGAUUUACGAAAUCAAUUAAAUGGUGAAAAUCUAGGAGAUGUGUUGGAGCAGCUUAGGAGGUGUCCCGUUGGUCUUGAAACUGAUUUAAAUAAAACCAUAUCAUUUGGUGUUGCUUUUCAUCAUGCAGGCCUUACAAUGGACGAAAGGGACAUAAUUGAAGGUGCAUUCAAGCAAAAUAUAGUGAGAGUAUUAAUUGCCACGUCAACUUUAUCCUCUGGUGUAAAUUUGCCUGCACGGAGAGUGAUUGUGAGAUCACCGCAUUGUCAUGGAUUUCCUAUUGAUAUUUUACAGUAUCGACAAAUGAUUGGACGUGCUGGUCGCAUGGGUGUUGAUACAGCUGGAGAAAGUUAUUUAAUAUGUAAUGAGAAUGAACGGCGAAUGGGUGAAGAAAUAGCAACUCAAAACCUUCCUCCAAUUAAAAGUUGUUUGGGAGUUGGAGAUUUUUCUAGCUGUUUAAAACGAGCACUGUUAGAAGUGGUUGCCGGUUGUGUUGUUUGUACUACAGAAGAAGCUUUUGAGUAUAUUAAGUGUACAUUACUUUAUAUAUCAAAUGGUGAAAACUUGAAUGAAACUCCAAUUAAUGAGUGUCUAAAAUUAUUAAUCGAACAUCAAUUUGUACGUGAAAGUGACAAUAAACUAUCUCCUACUAAUCUAGGCCAAGCUUGUCUUGCAGCAUCUGUUACACCUGAAAUCGGCUUAAAACUGAUCAAAGAGUUAGAUAGAGCAAGACAGAAUUUUGUCCUUGACUCUGAACUUCAUUUACUUUAUUUAAUUACACCAUAUUCAGUAAGUGAUCAGAUUGGACAUUUGGAUUGGUUUAGAGUUCUCCAUGUGUGGGAAAAGUUACCACAUUCUAUGCGCAAAGUAGGAGAUAUGAUUGGUAUUGAAGAGGGAUUCAUUGUUAAAGCUAUGACUGGAACCAGUUUUAGUACAUCUUCAGAUAAACAUAAAUUAGCUGUUCAUAGAAGAUUUUAUACAACUCUCCUAUUACAUGAUUUAAUAAAUGAAAUUCCCAUUAACACAGUAGUUUUAAAGUAUGGUACAUCCAAAGGUCUUUUGCAAAGUCUCCAGCAAUCAUCUUCUACUUUUGCAGGCAUGGUAACGCAGUUCUGUAAGAGACUUGGGUGGUCAUCCUUAGAAUUAUUAAUAUCACAGUUUUCUGAAAGACUACAGUUCGGUGUACAGAGGCAACUUGUUGAGUUGUUACGAUUGGACUGUUUGAACUCGAUCACUGCCCGGACAUUGUAUAAUGCAGGAAUACAAAACAUUCCUGAAUUAGCAUUAGCCGAUUUACGAUUAGUACAGCGUACUCUUACUAAGGCAAUUCCAUAUCAAAGUAAUAUAAAUAAUAACAAUACCAAUGAUGAGGACAAACGAAAGAACAUUUGGUUGGCUGGACGUUUUGCUCUUAAUGAAAAAGAAGCUGCUAUAUUUAUCAUAAAUGAAGCAAGGCAUCUUUUGAAGAGAGAACUUGGUCUGAAAUCAGCAAGUUGGGUCGAUGAUAACAAUGAAGAAGAAGAUUUCGAUACAACUGUGAAGAUACGGCCUACAUCAAGAGAUGUUACCAUCAUUGAAAAUAGUCAAGAAAGCAACCAAUCAAUGAAAUCUUUGGUAAAUGUUUCUGUUCAAAAUUUAUCAAGUUCAUCAAGUUCAUCAAAAAGUGUUGAGUUAUUUGCUGAAUCUGAUUGUGUAAACGAUAAAUCAGAAGAAGUCACAAAUAAAGAUUAUAAACGUGAAAGUUUGGAUCUUUUUGAAGGGUCAUUUGAACAUACUAAAUAUAGUAUUACUGUAAAUGUUAGUCAAAAACAUAACUCAGAUAAUCUUAGUAACAAAUCAAUAAGUGAUUCAUAUUUAGCCGAGUUAAUUAACAUCAAGACACCCAAAGAACUAGAAGAGAAAUGGGAUUGUAACAUUGGAGGAGAAAUUAUUUUGGAAAUGAGUCAAAGAGAUUUUGGGUCCAAAAAACGAAAAAGAGAAGAAGACAUUCAAACGGAAAACGAUUGUUUAAAUGAUAUUUUUAUAGAACCUCGGCCAAAAUAUAAAAAAAUUGAAGAACCCUCAACAAGUCUCAGUAAACCUCCCGAGAUAAGUAAUUCUUUUGAGAAUACUAUGUUUCCUGAUUCAAUAAGGAUUGACACACAACUUGAUCAACUACUGAAUGGCAAUGGCAAAACGAAUACAACUUUGAACAUAAUAUCUACAGAAAUGAGUGAAAGUGUAAUGCAACUGGCAUUUCAAGAUUCUUUUAAUUCAAUGUCAAAUACGAUAAUAUCUCCAAAGAAAAGUAAUGUUGUUGUCAUGACAUGUAAAGAUUUAACUAUAUCCGACUCGGAAGACAUGAUUGCAGGUUCUCAAGACACUUCAUCUAGUGGACCGUCUCCUCACAAGGAGUCUCCAAUUAAACCUGAAGCUAAUGCCAAUUCAAAAUUUGAUACAUGGGCGUAUAAAACUAAACUAAUGGAAAAUAUUGAUUUAUUUGCCCGAGAUCACUUUCCAGAUAUUAAGCGCAGAAAAGAAAUAACAUUAGCCUUGAACGUAUCUACAGAAAUUACUACAGAACAGAAAAUUGGAGCUAGAAUUGUUAGACGAAGUUUAGAAAAUAAUAAUAAUAAUAAUAAUAAUAAUAUAAAAUUAUUCAAAUUUAAUAACCAAGUAUUAAAAGGAUUUGCCAUUACAUGGUACAAACAAACUGUUGUACAUUAUGUAGAUUUCAAUAAGGCUGGUCCAUCCGGUGUAAGUCUAUUGAAAAAGCUGUUGUCCAAUAAAAAUUUAGUUGUUAACAUAACAGAUGCUAAAUUAAGUUACAAAAUGAUCUCUCAAUGUUGCAACAUUAAACCGGUUUGCAAAUUCAGAGACCCUUUUGUAGCUGAUUGGCUAAUAAAUGGACAACAAAAAAACUCCUUAAAUAACUUGGUUCAAUGGAAUUUAAACUUCCAAGGCAAAAUACAAACAAACGAUGCAGUUUUUAAUGCAUUUAUCACUCAUAAAUUAAUGUCAACUUUAAAACAUCAACUUAAACAAAUAUAUAUUUACAAAACAUUCAAAGAUAUAGAGAUGCCUAUACAAAUUAUAUUGGCAAAAAUGGAACUGUAUGGUUUUGGUCUAAACAAAGAACAUUUGGUAGAGUUAAAUGAUACAGUAAAUAAGCUAAUGGCCAACAUUUCUGAACAAGGGUUUGAACAAUCUGGAACCAGGUUUAACAUGCAAUCCACAUUAGAAUGGGCCAAAGUAAAAAAAAGAUUGAAAUUAACUGAUAGUUCUCCACAUUUACUGGUUGAGUUGGUAAAAAAUUGGCGAAAAUUAAGCUGUCUUAGAAAUUCUCAUAUCAAUGUGUAUUUAACAAUGCAGAAUGAUCGUGUUUAUUGUGACAGCAAUACAUAUUCUAAUACAGGUAGAAUAAGUAUGCACGAACCCAAUUUACAAAAUAUACCUAAAGACUAUGUCAUUGAAAAUGAUAUAUUAAGUUUGAGAUCAGCGUUCGUACCAAAGUCAGAUCAAACACUGGUAUCUGUAGAUUUUUGUCAAAUUGAACUACGCAUACUCGCUCAUUUGUCAAAAGAUUCAAUAUUGUUAUCUGCUCUUACGUCUCCUGGUGAUGUUUUCAUAAAUUUAUCGUCUAAAUGGCAUAAAAUACCAGAAACUGAGGUAUGUGAUGAACUCAGGCAAAAAACCAAACAAGUUUGCUAUGGUAUGUUGUACGGCAUGGGUGCAGUAACUCUAAGCGAUACUUUGAAUAUUACUCAAGAUGAAGCACAUAAACUAAUAUCAGAAUUCAAAAGCACAUUUCCUGGUGUCAAAAAAUAUUUUAAUGAAUGUGUAUCACAAUGCAGGUCAAUGGGGUUGGUAAAAACAUUGAGUGGACGAAUCAGACAUUUUCCAGAUAUUAACAGCGAAGUACCAAAGAUCAAAUCUCAAGUGGAACGUCAAGCAAUUAAUACAAUUAUUCAGGGAAGUGCUGCUGAUGUUACAAAAAUGGCAAUGAUUAAAAUUGAUAAAAUUAUCAACCAAGGUGUUCUCAAUACACGUGUACAUUUAGUUAUGCAUUUGCACGAUGAACUAAUUUUUGAUGUUGAAAAUACAGUUCUUGAUGAAGCUUGUUCAACAAUUAUUAAAACAAUGGAGACUGCAGUUAAUUUAUGUGUCCCUUUGCCAGUAAAAUUGAGAAAGGGUUCUUCAUGGGGUGAUUUAAAAUAAUGAUCUCAUUUUACAGUUUAUUAUUGUCAGCUGCUUUAAUUAACACAAAUAUUUAUUUAUUUAUUUUUAUCAAAUAAAAAUAAAUA